GAACAACAGGUGUCUUUAAUUUGCUUCCCUCUAUUCACAAUUCUCACGUACAGUACCAUUUUCCCCUUUUUCUCCAUUUUCCCCAUUCUCACCUUAAUUGAUUAUAGAGUACCAUUUUCCCCAUUUACUCCAUUUUCUCCAUUUUCCCCAUCUUCUCAGAUUCACAUAUUUUCACAGUAGAUGAGAAGGAGUACGUUUUUGUCGUAGUUGUUGCAUCCGCUUUAAAACCCAGACCUCAAAACCACCAACAAUGGCGUCAGCUAAUCUAGCAAUGGUGCAAUCACCGCCUGCACCACCACCGCGCUCAAACACCGACCUCUUCGGCGACCCAAUCUACGAUUUAACCCUUUAUGGUUCAAGAACGACCUCUUUCUCCCUCCUUUCGACUCCGAACCCUACAUCUCUAACCUCCAAACCCAGUCCUCUCUCGCUGCACUCAAUUAAUCUCAAGUUACUGGUAUGCAUUUUGAAAUAAUUAAAUUUAUUCUAGUAUAAUUCGUUGAAAAUGGCUCAAUUUAAUUGUUAAAUGCUAUAAUUUCUCAAAAAUUGUGCUAGUAUUUGUUUAAUUAGGGUUUUCGUAUGUAAUUGCUUCCAUAAUUCUGAUGUCAUCAAUUUUGUUAAAUUAAUUUUUCAUUUUUGCUGGUUUGAUUGAGAGAAAGAGAACGAUUAAGGUGAGCAAUCUUCUUGAUACUCUUCCUGAUCUACAGUCUUACCGUAGUACUACAUUUUUUUUAUCUUAUUUAUGGUUUCCUUGCGUUUUUGUUUAAAUUUUUGUGUUUUCAUUUUUCCUGAUUCUGCUCAAAUUUUUUAUUCUUUACUAUUUAGUUGAUCUAAAUGUAUUGGCUGGCGAGAUCAUUGAAUUGUUUGUGAGCUAAUUGCAGCCCACCAUCCCAUUAUUGAGUCUUUGGAAGUAGGUGCAUGAGCAGUUGGUAUGCUGGAACCUACAGGUUCUGCUUUUUGGCUAAUACCUUGUAGUUUUCUUCGUAGUAUCCUUUUUAACUUUUGUUGUUUAGUGUAUGUUUGGCUUUAGGCUGUACUAGUUAUGUGGCUUUCUUUUUGGUGAAUGUUUUAUUUCACAGCAUGCAUAUUAUCUUAUGAUUACCGAUCUUCCACUGCUCUCCUUCUUAACACUCCCCUUUUUCAAAAAAAAAAUUGAAAUAGAGGGUCGUAAUUGCUUGAAAACCAAACCCGAUUUCCUCAGCUUUCUGUAAUUCCUCUUUUUUUCACCCUUUGAUUUGGAUAAUGAAGAGCCAAUGAUAGAUUGAUAGUAGUCUUAGUAGAUUCUUAAUUUUUCUCUUCAAUGUGAAUUAAGGCAAUGACACUUGGGCGCUAUCAAUGUCUCAUGCUUUGGUGUGACCGGAUUUAUGGAAGUUGUUCACUAGGAAAGUGAUGUAUCAUACUAUAGAAUUUCUGCUUAACUUACUUUGCCUAUUGAAAAUGUAGAAUAACAUGCUCAGAAAUACAGCAAGGUUCAGUAGCUAGAUUUGAUCAGUUUAACAAACUUAAACCUUUGUCUUUAACCUUUUAUUUACUCUAGACUCUAUAAGCUCUAAGUUUUUCAAUGUCAACAGCCAAGAAACCUGGUGAAGUAGUACAGAACAUAGCCAGCCAACUUGAUCCCGGUAUUCUUAGAAUUUUUUUUUUCAAUCAAACAGGUGUAAAGUUAGACAAGCCAGCUGAGGGAACCAUGCCAGAGUAUGAACCAUAACUUUUAUUUAUGUUAGCUUUUAUAUGUGGCAUUAUUCUUUCUAUUAGUUUGGCCUUUAUCCUUAUGCAUGGUUUGGCUGUCUACUAGCUAAAUGAUGUUAAUCUUCUAAGCUACUUGCUUAAUUGUUCAGUAACUAAUUCGUUCUCUGAACCUUGGUUUACAGUUGAUAUGCUCGUGCUUUUUUCUCUACGUAAUGAGACAUUGGAAGAUCAAUGCAUUCACAAAUGAUAAAUAGCUUAAAACUUUUGACAAUCCAAUCAUUAUUGUACCUUUCAAGACACUAGUUCAGACCCUGCCUCUCGCGUUCUCAUACUUGCUAUUCAUGCUAGUUUUGAUGGAAUCUGUUCGUGGUGUAAAUGUUCCUAUGUACACAACUCUGAGGCGUACAAUUGUGGCUUUUACUAUGGUGGUCGAGUAUUUAGUGGCAUGUCAAAAGUAUUCUCUUCGUGUUCUUGGCAGUGUGGCUAUCAUCAUACUUGGUGCAUUUGUAGCUGGAGCACGAGACCUCUCAUUCGACUUCUAUAACUAUGAUGUUGUGCUCUUAUCAAAUCUUUGUACCGCAGUCUAUCUGACCUCAAUAGCUCGUCUUGGAAAAUCUAGUGGCCUAAAUACAUUUGGCCUCAUGUGGUGCAACGGAAUCAUAUGUGGACCGAUUUUGUUGCUGUCAACAUUCUUCCAAGGUGAUCUUCAGAAGUUGAUUAGCUUUCUUCACUUAUCAUCCCCCGGCUUUCAGGCUGUCAUGUUUCUUUCCUGUAUCUUGGCAUUCUUCUUGAAUUACACUGUGUUCUGGAAUACAGCCCUGAAUUCAGCACUCACACAGACUAUAUGUGGCAACUUGAAGGAUGUUUUUACAAUUGGACUUGGCUGGCUUUUAUUUUGCGGCCUUCCAUUUGACUUGUUCAACAUUCUCGGUCAAGGCACCGGCUUCCUCGGUUCUUGUUUCUAUGCCUAUUGCAAACUCAAAGGAAAGUAAGGGUUCUAAGGUAUAGGUACCAGCACUCCAGCAGUAGUUCUAAGAAGUCACCUAUGUUACCCAGAUUUUGUUUAAUUUGUGUCCAAAGGUCAUAAUUAAUGAAAAUUUCAACUAUUUUGGAGUAAAUUGUUGCGAUACUUGCGCAGCAGCUCUCCUUAUUUACAUACCCAUGUUAAAAUGUUAAUGUUUAUUAUGGAUACUUAACGUUGAAUGAAAAGUUUGAGUAAAAUUUCUUUGUUACAGUUCAUGUUCUAGUUUAAAAGAUGUUUAGCAAACUUUUAUGAUGAGAUUGAGUUACAGUUUUGUAGUGGUUAAUUUGGUCAUCUUCUUUUUAUUAAAAAGAGUUGUAAUUGGCUUCUGUUGUUUUGUGUUGCUAUUUGUGAGCUGUUGGCUGCUGUUUAUGUUAUUGGCAGUCCUGCUAGCUGCUUGCUAGUUUCUGUUUGGCUGCAUGUGGGGCUGCUGGGUGCAGGUUGCUGUCGUUGUGUAGGUUCUCUGCUAGUUCAGGUUCAGGCUGUUGGGUUGCCUGGUUGUUGUUUUUUUUGCCUGCCUCUGCUGUUCUAAGCUGUUGUAGGGUUGAAGAAGGCAUCCUGGUUUAGACUUGCUUUUCCCUGUUUGCUUCUGGUUUGUUGCCUAGUUUCUGUUGCUGUCUUGCUCUAGUUUUGGCUGGUUACUGCUAUUGUUGUUCCUUUUACUGCUGUUGUUCUAUUUCUGCUGUUCUACACUGUCAGCUGUUGCUGUUUUGUUCUAUCAGCUGUUGUGCUGCUUUCUGCCUGGUUCUGGCUGUUGCUGCUGUUCUACUGAGCUUGUUGCUGUUGGGACAACUUGUUGUGUUGCUGGUCUCUACUGCUGCUGUUGAUGUUGGUCGCUUGCCUCUCAAAGAUUGUAGUUGUUGUAGUUUUCUCAAUUAAUUUAAUUAGUGAAAUUUGAUUUUGUAACUUUUCCCUUUAAGGGCAAUAAUGUACAAACCUUCAAUUUAUAUUAAUGAAAUUCCAAUUUAAUCGUCUUAA